CCCAGGAUCGAGGGUUGACACAUUGGGACCAACUGCAGACGCCAAUCUUUUGCGUUCCCGGUGACAUUUGGAUACCUCACGAAAAUCCUCCUUAAUUGCAUUGACGUCGGGUUGUUUUUUGUGAAGUGCUUAUCCAAUUUACGGGUUGGGAAACAUCAAUCGAAUUUCCAGAAGUAGCGUACCCGUACCGUAGGUUGAAGAGCACCCACUCACCUACUCUACUCACCAUCCACUUGACACCUGUCAGCUGUCAACACACUUUUUCGGUACAAGAAACCCCACAAAGAUUAAAGAUCUCUACUUCGCAUGAUUCCAAUCACAUUCAUAGCACCAUAAAAUGUACGUAGUGCCGAGAGCAUAAAAUCUACUAAGAGCGAGGUAUUCAGCAGCGACCAGAGCAACUCGACAGAGUAGCAGUUCGUUUUUUUGCUAUUCUUCCGGUGGUUUCGAGUAAGAAAAAGUUGCAACAAAGUGCUCAUUGUUGGAACCUUGCAAGCUUGUAACCACUCCCAACACAUUGCUUCGGCGGUGCUAUAGUAUCUCAAUUUGAUUGUUUGAUCUCUUUUUCCUCCAACUCUGCCAACGAAAACCAAUCGAAUAUGAUUUUUUUAAUCACAAUGAAGCCCAGGGAAACGGACGAGCUUUGAUAAUAUUGCGAAAGAGAAAUGAGAACAUACACUACCGCGAGCGUCUUCUUUUCCUCGAAAACAGCAUUCUUGUAUCUAUCGGUUUUCUUUUCUACGGUUACAAUCACCAAAGCUGCUGGCGGGUUGUCUUCUACCAGCAGCGGCACGUCGACCCCCUUUGAGUAUUUGGAAAACGAUCUGAAAGCAUGCGCGUACCAAUUGAAGUCAGGAAAAGAAAUCGGGGAACACACCACCGUGAACAUUUGCCUCUCACUCUACGAAAGAUUUUUGGACCACUACGAUCGCGAUGGAAACGGAAAUGGGGCAGCGGGGUAUUCUCAUUUCACGAAAACGGUACAUUUCAUACACCAACACAACCACAAGUAUCCAUACGCGAGCCAUAAACUUCGGUUGAAUCAAUUUGCGGACACCUCUAAGUCCUAUUUACAAUUGGAUGAUCCAUCUGACCAACCAAUGGGGAGCGACGACGGAGAGAAGUACAGUCAAUGGCAGAUAGAUCUUGAGAAUUUUUGGGAGCUUCAUCACGGUGAGAGGGAAGACGAUUCCAAAUCGGAGGAAGAGAUGGAGAAAGAUGAUUCUGCCAAUGAAGGACGGAGCCGAAAACUGCGCUGGGGAGAAGUCGAAGUUCGUCUCUUGGGGACUUCGUCGAGCAUUAGAGCUGAAAAUGAAUACAAGGAACAGCAACAAACACAGCUCCGACAGAGGAAACAGCAGCACCAAAAACAUGAUUAUCGGGAGGAAGAAGAGGAACCCGAUUCCCGCCGCUCUCUCCUUGAGGAAUUCAUUGCUCCCUCCUUGUCUUCCAAAUUGCAGGUUGUCGCCGAUUCGAGACACAACACCAAGGUCAUUAUGCCAGGCGACGGGACCAACGCGCCUCCAAGAUUUUCGAGCCCACAGGUGCCAAACAAGCUGAUGGGGACGGCGGUCGAACUUCACAAGGGAAGAAAAUCCGAUCCCAUCACCGGUGCCCACCUCUUCGACGAUGAUCCUCCACAGCAACAUGAAUUUUCAAAAUCAUUGGAUUGGUCCACAGAGCAUAAUCCCGACGGCGUUCCGCUCGUCCACAGUGUCUUUGACCAAGGGAUUUGUGGAAGCUGCUGGGCCUUCGCAGCAACAGGAAGCGUUGAAGCCAGUGCGGCCCGGAACUUUGCACGAAAUCACUUCGUGAAGGGUUUGAUCGAGAUUGACGAGGAACUAGAGGGCAUAAGGAAGAUGAAAGGAGGAGGUGCUUACGACGAUGAUUUCGGCGACGACGAAGAUGAUGACAUGGGCAGAAGGGGAAAAUACCACGCGCUAGUGGAAGAAUUUACCACUGAUUCUAUGAGGGUCGAGGCAGAAGUCUUUGAAGAGUUGAACCUGAGCAUCCAGGAAUUGCUUGACUGUGAUGUCUCGGUCGAUGAAGGAUGUGUUGGUGGCAAUCCCCUUUUGGCCUUUUAUUACAUCCACAAACACGGAUUAGUACCAUGGGCCGAAUACCCGUACGAGGGAUACGACCGGACGAAAGCUCCGCAAAGAAAAACCUCUAUGACGACAAUGAAGUUGGGAAACAACGGAGGCACAAUUCCAACUCUAAUCGAAGUCCCCCAAACGGAGAACGGACAAGUUGGGAAUUAUCCCUCCCAACAAGCAACGUCCAAUAAAGAGCACCAAGCUCAAUUGAACAAUAAUGCGUAUACACCAUCAUGUCAUAAAGAUAAAGUCACCAAUCCUAUUGCAACUGUUGAAAGCUGGGGUCUUUUGCACAAGAAUCAUGAGGACCUGAUAGAAAAUGCCCUAUUGUACGUCGGCCCGGUUGCUGUAGGGAUUAACGGUGCCGAUCCAUCGUUUAUCAACUACGGAGGAGGAAUUUUCGAUAGCCCGAAUUGUGACCAAGCCGCAAACCAUGCCUUGUGUGAGUAGUCAUCAAGUUUAGCACCUUACUCUUUCCUCUUAGUUCGAUAUUUGUUUUUUGACUUUUCCUUUAUGAUGUUCAGCCUACUCACCACUCGCAUCCGCCCCCAUCCUUCCCGUAUUUUAUAACAUAGUGAUCGUUGGAUAUGACGAAGAAACUAUUACGAUGGCGAGCGGAGAGAUGAAAACCGUCCGCUAUUGGAUUGCCCGUAAUUCUUGGGGAGAGGGCUGGGGCGAGAAUGGUUUUGUAAGGGUCAAGCGGGGUUCAGGCGGGAAGGGGAUCCCGGGUGUGUGCGGGAUCGCACGAAGCCCAAGCGUUGCACUCGGGGGGAUUUACAGGCGAGACCGGACGGAACCUCUAAAAAAUAGAGACACGUAUAAGACCACCUCUCGGUACCGCAAGGACAAAUACGUCUCGUCGUAUGAUACUACAGCAAGCCUUGAUAUUCAAAAUAGGAAAAACCACCCAGAUUGCUAUUCCUCAUUUGCUGGAAAUAUUGAAUUUGUGUCCAAAGGAUGCGUAAAAUUGUCAAUGUACGUUCAAAUUGAUUGAAGUGUCUACAAUUUGAAAUUGGCAGAGCUAUUUCAUUAUAAAAUUCCUCGGUCAUAACAAUCCAAACGAUUUGUGUAUCUCACACUGUAAUCAUUUCUGAUCCCAUCGAUCCUUCAGAGCGUACGAAAGGAAUCAAACCAUAUUUUUGACCACUAUUUCCCUGCUAGUGGCUCUCAUCGCUAUAGUGCCUCUGGCGUUGUCGUUGUCUCGACAGCACCGUGUGGCCAGUGGAAAUGGGUCGAUUCGACUGGAAUACUGUGAGGACGAGCACCGAUCCCCAGAAAGAUUGAGCAACAGGAGUUUGUCGUUUCAGUCGACAAUGUCGGAACGCACCCACCUACUUACGCUGAAAGAUAUGUAUGCGGGCCGACGAAAACAGGAAGAAGAAACAAGCCGUCCGAGGGGUCGGAGCAUCGUGAUAACCUCAUCCACACAAGAUCCUUUCCGGUUGGAACCGUCGUCUACUAUAGAGCACUCUUCGGACGACUCCAGAAGUGAAGCAGGUGUUUCGGAUCAUUGAAAAAAAAAUGUUUACGUGAAUUGAAUGAGGUAGAGAUAUCUAUGCUAAAAUUUACUACAGUACUUUUCCUUUUUUUGCCAAUCCAUGUACACCAUUCUAUCUUUUGUCUGGACUUUCAGACAUGGAAUCAUAUGCUUUGAACAAACAUUUGUCCUGCAUCAAUUCUUGAAUGCCGCCUUACGUUGUCAGCAUUCGUGUACAUUGGUCAUUCUAUGACACUGGACUCCACCUACCAAUGCCGGGUUACAAAAUAUAAUUACAGGGUGCAGGUCGACAGGGAUCCUCCCUUGCAGCCCCAUACGCCACUACUGCCACAAGUACAGGUCACGGUUCCAAGUGUAUCUGGAACUGGGUUAGGUGUGUUGUAACAACACUCGAUUUCAUAAAAUCCUGCGGUUGUACAGGUGUCCCCUAUCAUCGGUGUCGUAUUCGGGCACAUAGGUUCCACAUCGUCUAUGCGGGAAAUGAUGACAUCGGCCCCAGGUAGGAGAGGUGGAGCUUGGAGCUCGGUUUCUUUUUCAAUGACGGUGGUCAAGUCCUCCUUCUCGGCAGAAAAUCCAUUACUGACAAUUGUUCCGGUACAGCUAUAGACAAGUUGUUCUAGGCUGCAGGCGCACAUUACAUUGGGACCCAAUUCAUAAUACGAGCAUUCCUUAAACUUAAAGUCACCGAUCAUUUCACAUUCCGUGCCACUUCUGGGGUACACAGCGGGACAGUUUACCUUAUCCGUAUAGAUAUCGUCCUCGUCCUCCGACUCAGCCACUUUGGCAGCUUCGAUGGGUGGAGGGGUUCUAAUUUCCGACGAUGGAAAGUUAUCUUCGGUGACAGUGGCUUGGCCAGGAUUGUUAACUUUCCAUCCACAAUUAAAGAAUGACAAAAGUUCUUCCGUUGAACAACGCUCGCAGUACUGUCGUUUACAUGAAUUGACUCCACUGGCGGCAUUGGUAGGGGUGGUCGAAGUCGUCGAAAGAGCGAACAAACAGCUCUCGCAGAU